GUGUUUGCUCGAUUUGGCAUACCGGAAGUGCUUGUUUCGGACAAUGGUCCACAGUUCGUUUCAGAAGAAAUGGCAAGAUUCCUUUUAUCAAUGGGAGUAGAACAUAUGUAUUCAGCACCCUAUCACCCACAAUCAAAUGGGGAGGCAAAGAGAUCGGUACAAACGUUCAAAUCAGCGAUGAAAUCUAUGAAAGGGGGAGAAGGAACAUUGUCUCAGAAGUUAUCAUCAUUUUUGUUUCAGUAUCGCAAUACCCCCAAUGUCACUACAGGGAUCACCCCUUCAGAGUUGUUUCUGGGCAGGCGAGUUUGUACUAGGUUAUCUUUACUGGCUCCGGAUAUUGCUGCAAGAGUCCAGAAGAAGCAAGCACAGAGCAGUUACUCUGGUGUGAAUAGAAAUUUUGAGGUAGGAGACCCUGUCUGGGCUAAGGCCUAUGGGAAGGGUCAAGGUUGGGAGGAAGGUUUGGUAACCAAGAAGCAAGGAGGAGCAGAUUAUGAAGUCCUGGUUGAUAAACAGUUAUGGCGUCGCCAUGCUGACCAGUUGAAAAAGAGGAUGAAGGAAAAGAUGCAAGUAGUUCCUGAACCUGCAGCCCCAUCUGAAUCAGCAUUUUCAGAGAAUGCUCCAGUAGAGUCUUCACUGGAUAAAACAGUAUCACCAUCAGAGUCUGUCUCAGGUUUUGCCACAUCUGGAAACUCGACCUCCUCUACUGAAACUCCUAGUUCAGAAAUCACUCAUGAAGAAACACUACCACAGGAUACGCCAGUUUCACCAAGAAGAAAUCCACCAAGAGAACGUAGACCUCCACAACGUUUGGAUUUGUAAGAAUUAGCGGGAGGGAGUGUAGUGUAUUGCACUUCUACUUACUACUGAUUGUUAGUAAAGGGGCGUAGCCUAUAGCUAUUUAGCAUUUGACUGUUUUGAUUACUUGACACUUGAGCGUCCGCUGUUGUUGUAUUCAUAUACUAACCUGAAUAGAGUAU